CCGCCGCCACUUACGCUGCGAUCGCAGCAGAGUUCCAAGUCCCGGUCGAGCCUGCCGCCCCUCCAGCCACUUUUGAUAGCCCGGCGGAGCCUCGAUGAGUGGCCGCAGGCGAGCUCAGAUGACAUUGGGCAGUGGUUGCCCCCACAGCUGCCAUUGACCCUCGGUGGCGGCAUGAGAGGUAACCCUGGUGAAAGGUUGAAACUUGAUCUCUGCUCAAUUCAGAUGAACAAUGAUAGGAAUUGCAAUAAUGGCAGUAAUAUUAGUGGUAAUAAUAAUAGUUGUAACAAUAAUGGUGUUAGUGGACUCAUGAAGAGGGAUAGAAUUGCAUUUUUUGAUAAGGAGUGUUCAAAGGUUGCUGAACAUAUUUACCUUGGUGGUGAUGCUAGUGCUAAGAAUAGGGAUAUAUUGAAACAGAAUGGGAUCACUCAUAUCUUGAACUGUGUUGGUUUUGUGUGCCCCGAGUAUUUUAAGGCUGAUUUUGUGUAUAGAACAUUGUGGCUUCAGGAUAGUCCUUCAGAGGAUAUUAGUAGUAUCUUGUAUGAUGUGUUUGAUUACUUUGAGGAUGUUAGGGAACAAGGUGGUAGGGUGUUUGUGCACUGUUGUCAAGGUGUGUCUAGGUCUACUUUGUUGGUGAUUGCAUACCUCAUGUGGAGGGAAGGACAGAGCUUUGAUGAUGCUUUUCAGUUGGUGAAGGCUGCAAGGGGUAUUGCCGAUCCGAAUAUGGGGUUUGCUUGCUAGUUGUUGCAGUGCCAGAAGAGGGUGCAUGCAGUUCCUCUUAGUCCUACCUCUUUGCUUAGGAUGUAUAGGAUGGCUCCACACUCGCCUUAUGAUCCUUUGCAUCUCGUCCCCAAAAUGUUAACGGAUCCUUCGCCUCCCACAUUGGA